AUCACCGACUACCAGAUGCAGCAAGUGCACCGACACGUGAUCAUGAAACUGAUGACAAAUGCUGAUUGGCCAGACCAUUCGUAGUAUGGCGCAUCCACGGAUCGAUUGGAAAGAACAUUCCACAAGGUCGCGCCAUCGCAAUCGAGAGAAUACAAAAGUGUAGCCUGAGUCUAACGACAGCUUCAGUACACUACAGCCGUCUUCAGACAACCCACUCAGCAAAACACGACACGCAAACCAGCUCUACACACAGCCUUGGCAAGCUGCCUGGACCAGCAAUACAACCCUCAACCAUGCCAACAGAAAUAUCAGCGCCGUUGCACUUCCGCACCCUUCUCAAUGGCCACACCUAUCUCAUCGCCGACUUCUACGCAACAUGGUGCCCACCCUGCAAGCAAAUUGCGCCCAUCUACAACCAGCUUUCCACAGCCCAUUCCUCACCGGGGAAAUUCGCAUUCGUAAAAGUCAAUGUGGAUGAGCAGAGAGAGAUUGCGGGACAAUAUGGUGUCACUGCUAUGCCUACGUUCAUGGUCUUCAAGGACGGGAAGAAAAUCGAGGAGAUCAGGGGCGCGGAUGUGAGGGCGCUGAAGGCCGCCGUGGAGAAGGUCGCUGGGGAGGUGCGAAAAGUUAAGGAGGAGAAGGUGGAGGCGAAGAAGCCUGAGGUCAAGCCAGAGGUCAAGGAAGAAAAGGAGGUUGGGGAGGAGAAGACUGUUAGUGGGAGUUAUGGGAUGACUGGGGGCAACAAUUGGAAGAUGUCGUUGCAUUAGAUAUGAGGGCUGUAGUAGAUCAUCAUCACAUGCAGAGGAGGACGAUGGAUUUGUGAUACCCAGGAAUUAUAGCAAAUAUUUUGAUCUCAAUCAUUACCUAUGAGAUUUACAGCGUGAUCAGUAUGCAUAAAUAAUCAAGUGUACGUCAUCCGUCGGGUUGAUAUUGGAUUUGUAACGUUCAG